AUUCAAUAAUAUUAUUAAACUAGAAUUACGCAAAAUGAAUAGAUUCCUUUGUACCUUUGCCGCUAUUGUCGCCGUUGCCAAUGGUUACGCAGUUGGUGGAGGUGGUGGUUAUGGUGGUCGCGGUGGUAGCGGUACCGUAAUCGGUGGACAAGCCUACCAAAUUUUGCCUGCUUUGCAAGUGCAAACUAUUGCUGCCGCUGGUGGCUCCUCAGCUGGUUAUGGUGGCUCCUCAGCUGGUUAUGGUGCAUCGUCGGGUAGCUAUGGUGCAUCGUCGGGUGGUUACGGUGGCUCAUCGAAUGGAUAUGGUGCGUCCAGUGCACCAUCGAUUGAUAUUGGACAAUUAUUGGCCGCCGUUGGUGGUGACCUUACCGCACAAGAAGCUGCCCAAUUAGUAAAUUCUUUGCCUUCAGCUGGCGGUCCAAUCAUUGACACCAGUGGUUCAUCGGCUGGUAGCAGCCAUCAAGGUUCAUACCCUUCGGGCGGUAAUCUAGCUUAUGUUAUUCAAUCUGGUGGUAGCUCAUACUCUGCACCAGCACCUGCUGCUUCAUACAGUGCCCCAGCACCAGCGCCAGCUGCUUCGUACAGUGCUCCAGCUCCUUUACAGUGCUCCAGCACCAGCGCCAGCUCCUUCUUACAGUGCUCCAGCUCCUUCUUACAGUGCUCCAGCUCCUUCUUACAGUCUCCAGCACCAGCGCCCGCACCAGCUGCAUAUAGUGCUCCUGCACCUGCUGUAUACAGUGCUCCAGCACCAGCUGCAUAUAGUGCUCCUGCACCUGCUGUAUACAGUGCUCCAGCACCAGCGCCCGCACCUGCUGCAUAUAGUGCUCCAGCACCUGCUGCAUACAGUGCUCCGGCUCCUGCUGCAUACAGUGCUCCUGCAUCAUCUGGCUAUGGUGCCUCAGCUCCUGCCGCCGCUGCUCCAGCUGCAGCACAUCAGCCAUCAGCAGCCGCUGCUGCCAGCUAUAUCUCAGGCAGUUACGGUGCUGCCUACGCACCCGCACCCGCCCCUGCUGCUGGUGGUGCUUAUUAAAUCUGUGAUAUUAAAUAUUUUCACUAAAUUCAGUGUUCGAUCAAAAGUAUAGAAUAAAACGCGAUAUUUCGAACAAAG